AGCAUCUGGAGCACCCGAGUCGCCUAGGCAACCAGAUGAAUUUCAGAAGAAGUAGAUGUUUCUCCAUCUCAUCCUCAUUACAAAGGACAGCGAAAAAUGGCACAAAGCAGGCCCACUUCCACGAUGUCCUUAAGAAUGCUAGCACGCCUCGAUCUCUUGAUGGAACCGCUGCGGAUCAGCAGCGCAAUCUGCUCUGCUGGAAGCUUGCUGUUGGAGUUUAUUUCCCUGAGUACUCCCUAUUGGGUACUGCAAAGUACCAAAAAAGGCAUGGUACACAGUGGCCUCUGGACUAUCUGCGUAGGUCCAGAUUGCACCAUGUAUUGGUUCAAUCUACUCGCCAUACAUAUCCACUUCACCCGAGCCUUCCUGGUGAUUGCGUGUUUCUGCAGCUUCUUUUCUCUGUUGUGUGUCUGCAUCUCCUUUGAACGUGACCUGCUAUUCAACAUAUCCCUGCUGAGAGCCGCCGUCACCUUCAGCCUCAUGUCAGCUUUCUUAAUCUUGAUUGGUAUGGCGAUAUUUACAUAUGUGCAAAGGCACUCACAACCUUACACCAAUUAUUCACUCGUAUUUGGUUCGUCCUAUGGCUUGGGCUGGGCUUCCAUUCCUAUGCAGCUCAUUACAGCUGUACUACAAAUAUUGAGUCACAAAACAACUACCUACUAAGUCUGGGGGCCCAACUCUGCCACAGGGACCAGAAGAACUGCCAAUAAAAGCAUGGCUGCUCUCCUAUCAUGAAAUCUCAGACGUGGGAUAUUUCUCUUGGUUAAGUAUAGCCAUAUUCUGGGUAUUAUGAUGGAGUAGGGCACAAUGGUGGAAAGUGUCUUGGUUGUCUCAGUGCAAAUGUAAUGGUCAGACCAUGGUUUGACUUA